GGCAGGUUCCCCUCGGCGCUCCCCAAUGGAGAAGGCCGCGCGUGCGGCCGCAGCCCCGGAUGCUCUCACCUCCACCUGGACGGCGACGAAGGCGCAGGCCGCGCGAGUUCAGGAGGCGGCGGCCCGUGCGGCCUGUGCGGGGGUGUGAGCGGAGGUGACCAGGGCCGGACAGCAGAGGGGAAGCCGCGAAACCGGCCUGCCAGCCGGGGCUGAAGCUACUCUGCCAGGGUUUAAAACUUUAAAUGAGAUUAAAGGGUAUUACUUACAAGGAAAUGAGAGUGAAUAAGUCAUCUCUAACUUCUUCCAGCCUUUUUUUUCAUAAGAGAGACCAUAUAAAACUUACAUGCUCUCCUGCCUGUGAUUGACCAGGUGGGUACAGAGAGUAGGAGCAGAGUGUUACCAGUCUGAGAAGAGCAAAGCAACGCAUUCCUUUCAGGACAUUCACACUGAUACGCUGUUUUCAAACUAUUUGAAGACUGCAUCCUCCUGCCUCCAGCACCAGCAGUUUCUCUGUUCUAUGAUCAGUGUGAUUCACAGGAAAUUCUUACAUAAUAAACGACAUGAACCAGGGGCGUGGAAAAUAUGACUUUUAUAUUGGUCUGGGAUUGGCUAUGAGCUCCAGCAUUUUCAUUGGAGGGAGUUUCAUUUUGAAAAAAAAAGGCCUUCUGCGACUUGCCAGAAAAGGCUCCAUGAGAGCAGGUCAAGGUGGCCAUGCAUAUCUUAAGGAAUGGUUGUGGUGGGCUGGACUGCUAUCAAUGGGAGCUGGUGAAGUGGCCAAUUUUGCUGCAUAUGCCUUUGCACCAGCCACCCUAGUGACUCCAUUAGGAGCGCUCAGCGUCCUAGUAAGUGCCAUUCUUUCUUCAUACUUCCUCAAUGAAAGACUUAAUCUCCAUGGGAAGAUUGGAUGUCUGCUGAGCAUUCUAGGAUCUACAGUUAUGGUUAUUCAUGCUCCAAAAGAAGAGGAGGUUGAGACUUUAAAUGAAAUGGCACACAAGCUAGGGGACCCAGGUUUUGUGGUCUUUGCAACACUUGUGGUCAUUGUGUCCUUGAUAUUAAUCUUUGUGGUGGGACCUCGCCAUGGACAGACAAACAUUCUUGUGUAUAUAACAAUCUGCUCUGUAAUUGGAGCAUUUUCAGUCUCCUGUGUUAAGGGCCUGGGCAUUGCUAUCAAAGAGCUGUUUGCUGGAAAGCCUGUGCUGCAACAUCCCUUGGCCUGGAUUCUGCUGCUGAGCCUUAUAGUCUGUGUGAGCACACAGAUUAAUUACCUGAAUAGGGCCCUUGAUAUAUUCAAUACUUCCAUAGUGACUCCAAUAUAUUACGUAUUCUUUACAACAUCAGUUUUAACUUGUUCAGCUAUUCUUUUUAAGGAGUGGCAAGAUAUGCCUGUUGAUGAUAUCAUCGGUACUUUGAGUGGCUUCUUUACAAUCAUUGUAGGAAUAUUUUUGUUGCAUGCCUUUAAAGACAUCAGCUUUAGUCUAGCAAAUCUGCCUGUGUCUUUUCGAAAAGAUGAAAAAGCAAUGAAUGGCAAUCUCUCUAAUAUGUAUGAAGUUCUUAAUACUGAAGAAAGCUUAACCUGUGGAAUUGAACAACACACUGGUGAAAAUGUCUCCCGAAGAAAUGGAAAUCUGACAGCUUUUUAAGAAAGUUGUAAUUAAAAGGUUAAUCUACAAUUGUGUUAUAAAGUGAACUUGAAUAUCAGAAUGUGUCUGAAAAAGCAUUGUUCUCAAAUAGUGUUCUGUAGAGACAAUCUUUUUAAGGUUUUCACUAAUUGGACCAAGAAAUUAACUUUUCUUAUAUUUAAAUGAUGGUAGCUCACUAAAAUGACCUCAGUCUCUGGCCAAUUUAUAUUAACAUUGUAUUAUUAUAGAGGUAUUUUAAAUUUUCCUUCACCAAAAUCUUACAUGCACUGACAGUCUAUAAAAAUGAUUGUUUCAUUGGUGAUGAAAAGUCUGAAAUGUACAUUUGUCACUCCCACUCCAUCAUCAAUCCCUGACCAUUUUAAAAAGAAAAGUUAUACCAAUACGUUAUCCUGUGGUUUAUAAAAAAUGACCUACUUGAAGAAUUAAUUUUGAAAUUAGUCUAAUAAAAUUUUGUUAUGAAGGAAAGUCAUUUAUAAAACAAAAUGGGUAGGAAAUCACCCUGAAAUAUUUCUGAGGCUGUGACUUGUCACCACACACAUUGGAUGACUUUCCUAGAUGGCCUCUUGUCCUUCCAUUACGCUAAUCCCUUGGCACUUGGAUCCUUGAUUACCGUUUCACAUCAGCUCUUGUACUUUUCAAUAUAUUUUCGUAAUAACUUACAUUGUCAUUAAGAUCUAAUGACUCUGGGAAAUAAAUUCAGAAGACUAGGGUAAUUUCUUAAAUUCAGCUCAUGUUAUAAUAAAAAGACAAAUUGAAACAAA